AUACCGGUAUUGGGUACACAGAAUAUUCAACUAAUAAAAAAAUGUGUGGUAAAAUGAAGGUGUUCGUAGCAAAAUUCAACUACAAGCACUUUCUCAAACAAACAUUAAUUAUUCUUAUACGUUCAAUCCAUCUAUACCCCAAGAAUCUAGGAGCUAAUGCAAUCGUCGGCACCAAAAGCUACUCUGCGAAUUCACAUUCGAAUUUCACUUCAAUCACUUGCAAUGUUCCUCCUCAAGGCAUGGAGAUCAACUGCUUUUGGGGCUUAUGGGUACCUCAAUUUCACCAAAUCUGGAUUCUUGGAACACUCCAAGAAUUUCAAUCCAGAAGAUAUGGCUAGACGAAUAGAUGGAAAAAAUUGCGUGGUAACCGGAGCUAAUUCUGGAAUCGGUUAUGCCACUGCGCACGGUCUUGCAUCAAGAGGAGCAACGGUAUAUAUGGUUUGUCGAAACAAGGGAAGGGGAGAAGAUGCGGUCUCUAAAAUUCAGUCGAGCACCAAUAACCAAAAUGUUCACUUGGAGGUCUGCGAUCUUUCUUCUGUCCAUGAUAUCAAGUCGUUUACUUCAAGAUUUAAGGAAAAGGAUAUUCCUGUUCAUGUGCUGGUUAACAAUGCUGGCGUACUUGAGAACACGAGAGUGACGACAUCCGAAGGAUACGAAAUGAAUUUUGCGGUGAAUGUACUAGGGACUUAUAGCAUGACAGAGCUAAUGCUUCCAUUGCUAGAGAAAUCUCAACCUGAUGCCCGUGUUAUUACAGUAGCUUCGGGUGGAAUGUAUACAGCUCCCUUGACCACAGACUUGCAGUUUACGAGUGGCGAAUUUAGUGGAGUCGAGCAGUAUGCUCGCAACAAACGGGUACAGGUGGCAUUGACAGAAAAAUGGGCAGAAAAGUAUGGUGACAAAGGAAUCGGGUUCUACGUGAUGCACCCUGGAUGGGCUGCAACACCUGGAGUAGCCACGAGUCUGCCUAGUUUUUCAAAAUCACUUGAAGGGAAACUAAGGACGAGUGAGGAAGGUGCGGAUACUGUUAUUUGGUUAGCUCUACAACCGAAAGAAAAGCUAGUUUCCGGUGGCUUUUACUUUGACAGAGCCGAAGUCCCAAAACAUUUACCGUUGGGCGCAACCAAAAGUUCCCAUGCUGCUAUAGAUUCCAUUGUAGAUACCCUUAACUCUUUCAUGUAAAAUUUUCAAGAAUAAUGUAUCUGAUCUACCAGCUUAUAUGGGAACAUCAACAAUUGUAUAAGUGUUUAAUGUUUGAUUUGUUGAUCAGUUCUGUUU